UACACCUUUAAUCCCACUCUAUUAAUAUAUACAUAAUACGAACUGUUAUUUACUAGCGAACAUAAUACAUUUGAACUUUUAAGACAAACAAUUAAAUGAUUUGACUUUAUGGUAAUGUACGAAAUCUUCAAGUGUUAGUGUUAAACGAAUGGACUAACAUAGUAUAUCUUUAUUAUUUUGUGCAUUUAACAACGGAGAUAUUAGACAAUGGCAUCUGAGAGGACUAAAGUAAAAACAGACAAAGAAAAAGAAAAGUUCGAAGGCGAAAUCAAAGAAAUGUUUAAACUCUUCGACAAAAAUGGCGAUAACAACAUAUCCACUGCUGAGAUGGGUAAGGUCCUGAGGACAAUGGGCUUUCAGAUGACAAACAAGGAAAUAAAAGCAGCUGUAAAACAGAUAGACACCAACGGUAACGGGACUAUCGAAUAUGGAGAGUUCAGAAGUUUCCUUAUAAAACAGUUCAAACAUUCCAAGUCGGAACAAGAUACCCGGCAGGAAAUCCGGCAAGCAUUCCGGAUAUUUGACAGGGACGGGAACGGUUAUAUAGAGAAGGCCGAAUUAAGGCGAGCAAUGAAAACGAUGGGUGAACCUUUAACAGAAACAGAACUUGACAUAAUGAUGAGGGACGCAGAUAAAAAUAAAGACGGAAAAAUUGAUUAUGAAGAAUUUGUAGUUUUAUGGACCAGCAAGACAAAAGAUUUAAAGGAACAGUCAGAAAAAAUGAGCAAAUAGCACCAACAUUAUUCUUUUUUUCUGUUGUUUCUUGUUUUGUGUUGUUUAACUUAUAUUUUUUCCCAUUAAUUUUAUCUUGUUUCUGUUGGGACUUUACAUUUUUAUUCAGUAAAUGUACAACAACAAAGAAGUGCUUAUAAUUUAUAUUUUUAUUAUAUUCUCCAUGAAAGACAUAUUCGCAUUUCUUAACACUAUCUAAUAACAACGUUUCGAAGCUGGUACCACUUGUGACAAACGCUGCGCUCAAUGACGUCUACAAAAGCGGCACGGUACACCAAAGCAACAUGCCCGGAUGAGUUAUCUCCCAUCUAAAGUCUCCCGAUAAAAUCAUCUGUUUGAAGACAUACUUAAAACAAUUGUACAUACACACAUUUGCAUGCCUGUACAAACGAGAUUAUGCAAUUUUUUUUUGCAUUUUAUUAUGUCAAUUGUUUUUGUAAAUAUAUAAAUAAAAUGUACAUACAAUGUAUCUACUUACAUAAAUCUACAACAAACGUAUAAAAUACAGAACAAGUCUGCCCAGCUGGAACGAGUAUAUGUUAAGGUAUCCGAUCCACAAAUAGGUAACAUUUCGAUGCCUGUUGACCCUAUGUUUUUGUUUUUUGUUUUUUUGGUAUCAUUUGAAAGAGGCCUGUCUGCUGAACAAUAAUUAGUAAAUAAGAUGACCAUAAAAAACAUGCAAGAGUCAUUACAGUCAUGCUUUUUGACUGUAAAUUGAAAAAUCUUACACUGUAAUAACUGGAUUUCUGUUGAAGUAUCAUUGAAAACUAUAGAGUAAAAAAAUAAAAAUUCUAUGAUAUAUUUUUGUCAUGUAUUUUAUAUAUACAUUCAAAUGAUAACAAAAUUAUAUUUAAUAGCUUACCAGACAUCAAUCAAUGACAUAUUUUGAUAGCACUGUUAUAUAGAACUUGCUUAUUUGCGGAUCGGAUACCUUAAAGUUGCUGACCCGGCGUAAUUACACUCGGCAAUUUCCGUCAAAUUACGUAAUCGUUUUAAUCAGUUCGUUAAUCUUCGGUUGUAGAAAUAAUGGCUUUCUGGAAAUUCCGUAGAAUGCCGAAAGCAUACGGAGAAACAAUUACGUAAAUUGCAGGUUAUUUUUAUAGGUCCCAACCAUAAGAAAAUGACAUACAAAUGCAAAGGCUUAUUAUACAUGUAUCAUUUGUCGUGAAGUGAAACUAAAAAGUGUGCGUAACCCUAAAGUUAAAUAUCACAUUUUAUUACAUCUUUUUAGUGAAAUAUCGAAAUAUAAGUUAGAGUAAAAUAUAUCAAAUGAAUUUGUCUCUGACAAGACUGUACCCUGUAAAAUUUAGUCAAAACAUGAAAUAAAAAGAAAAAAAUGUUUGUUUCACAUGUAAGAUCAAAAUAUUGUUCUGUCAUGAACAGCAUAUCUUAAUAUUUCAAUCUUGCACUGAAACGAACAAAUAUCCCUAGUAUCUAGUAUCACAAGAUAACACAUUUAAUACGCUUGACCUUUGAAGAAAGACAUGUUUUUUAUUCGGUCUUGUUGUACAGGUAUGCAGCUUGGUAGAAACAUCCGCUUCCACCUAGCGGAUACCUUCCCUAAAUGAAGAAAAAAAAAUACAA